AUGUUAACACAUGUUAUUCAACGUUGUUUUAUUCGACGAUCUCUUUCGACAAUUACUAACAGUUCUAAUCUUCCUUCAUCACCAAUACGAAUAUGUAUCGUAGGUAGUGGACCCGCUGGUUUUUAUUUAACACAAAAUUUACUUAAACUUCGUCAAACACUACCGUUAACAAUUGAUAUCAUUGAAAAAGCACCUGUACCUUUUGGUCUUGUUCGAUACGGUGUAGCACCUGAUCAUCCUGAAGUCAAAAAUGUUAUUCAUACAUUUACAAAAAUAGCUGAACAUGAACAUGUUCGUUUUAUUGGAAAUAUGCAUAUUGGUAAUAAAAUUCGAUUAAAAGAUUUACAAGAAUUCUAUCAUAUUAUUGUUCUUGCUUAUGGUUCAUCUGUUGAACGUAAAUUAAAUAUACCCGGUGAAACAACAUUAGAAAAUGUUUUUUCUGCGAAAGAUUUUGUUGGAUGGUAUAAUGGUGUACCAGAAAAUGCUGAUCUUCAACCAAAACUUGAUCAUACUGAUCGAGCUGUAAUUAUAGGAAUGGGAAAUGUCGCAGUUGAUUGUGCUCGUAUUCUUCUUUCACCUAUUGAUGAGUUAGCUAAAACAGAUAUUACUGAAAACGCACUUGAAACACUUCGUCAUAGUCGUAUACGACAUGUAACAUUAGUUGGUCGACGUGGACCAAUGCAAGUUUCAUUUACUAUAAAAGAAUUUCGUGAAUUAACUAAAUUAAAUGGAGUACAAUCAAUGUUAGAUAAAGAAGAUUUUAGUAGAAUUGAUCAAAAUAUGAUUGAAAAAUUAGAACGACCAAGAAAAAGAUUAACUGAAUUAAUAUUAAAAACAGCUCGAACAAAUCAAUCAAAAGAUAAUUCAGAACGGUUUUGGUACUUAAAAUUUUGGCGACGUCCAAAACAGAUUAAUGGAAUAACCAGUGUUGAAAGUGUUGAUUUUGAACAAACAGAAUUUGACGUAAAUUCUAAUUUUGCUGAUGAAAAUUUACCUGUUCGAAACACUGGAAUCAUAGAAACAAUACCAUGUGGUCUUGUAAUUAAAAGUAUUGGAUAUCAUGGUGUUCAAAUCGAUCCAUGGCUACCAUUUGAUCAUGAACGUGGUAUUAUUCUAAAUCGACAAAAUCGUAUUGAUGAACGACCUGGCUUUUAUUGUACUGGUUGGAUUGGAAGAGGAGCUCGAGGUGUUAUUGUUGAAACUACUACAGAAUCACAUACAGUCGCUAGACGAAUCAUGGAUGAUAUUGAACAAGGUCGUAUAAAUAGUUUACAUGAUGUUAAAUCCGGUGGUAAUGGUUUAAUAUCACUUGCUAAUUCUCAUCAAAUUCGAUGUAUUUCAUAUGAUGAUUGGAGAAAACUUGAUACACAUGAAACAAGUGCUGGUCUUGUUAAAGGAAAACCUCGUGAAAAAAUAUUAAAUAUUGACAAAAUGCUUGAAUUAACUUCAUCAUCAUCAUCAAAGAGCUAA